AGAAUUAUUCAUUAUUCAUUAGUUUUGCGAUGCAAUGGUAAAUCUCAAUUAACCCGCCGACCAAAGGGCUUUCAUGCUAGGCAUUAAUAGAGAAAACCAGAAUCAGUCGGACUCUGUAGGUAAACAAUGUAAGCAGACCGUUCAAUAUUACUCAUCUUAUCUAAAUUGUGGUUCACUUCGACAAGACUAAACCAAAAUGAAGUUAUUGCGUCAAGUCUCUGUAAAGAUACCGUAUGCAUGGAUGGUUAUGGCCUGCACAAACUUCGUCGUUUGCUACACCACUGAAGAUUUCACUCAAAUGAGAUCUCUGCGAGUGGACAUUUUCUGCGAAAACACAACGGCGAAAUUCAGCUGCGAUUUUCCCAGCUUGAUACAAGUCAAGUCCGCUUCAUUUGGACGAGCUAGCAGUGAUUUCUGCGUGACGAACCGGGAUUCUGACUGGCAGCCUUGCGAUCUGGUCGACAAGAAAGAACUUUUGAAAGAACUUUGUGACUACAAAAACAAAUGUGAGGUCGAAGUAACUGAAAAGAUAUUUGGCAACAAGUUGUGUCCUGAUGUGGCUAAGUACUUGAACUUAGUAUUUGCUUGUGUGCAAAAUCCAAAGACACCAAAACCUUUCACAACCACUACAAUGCCAACAACAACAACUAAUACAACAACAAACCACACCAGGUUAACUACUAACACUACAACAAUGCUAAACACAACACCAACCACAACACCAACCAAACCAAGAACCAUUCCAGGUAGAAAGAUCAAGAAAGCAAGAGUUAAAGACGAGAAAAAACCGAUAACAUUCAACCCAGAUGGAUCAGUGGAGCUUGAUUUCCUGUCAAACUCAUCUCCGAGCAAAUUCAGUUCAUCUGUUUUGGGAAUAACUGUAGUUUUGGUAUUUUCCUUUCUCUGAUAUCACUACAAACCGUGUUGGAUAAGACUUUUGUGAAAAGGAAAAACCACAAAGAGCAUUGCAAGGAAGUUUUCAUAGCAAGUAGUGACGAGUUUGUUUGUCAAUAUGAUAAUGACUGUUCCUUUCACGCAGUUUGCAGCGCCAUUUUGAAAGUGCGGCAGCCAUGCCUUUGUAUGUACAGAGACCAUUACCAUGGAUACAUGUGUUAGCAUACCCUGUUAGUAUUUUAUGGUCUGUGAUAAAGACGUUAUACAGCUUUUUUAUACAAGGUUGUCUGAGCAAUAGGCAAUGUGCAUCGAUGCCAUUUUGUGCAGCAAAGCAUGAUGGUAGUUGUAGUCCUCGUACUUAUUAUAGAUCCUAAAAUAUCUACUUAAAAGCCGUUUUUAUAUUUUCUUUUUAAAAGCGGCACAAAUACUUCUAUUUUCGCUUAGAAAAAGCAAAAACUGGUUAGAAGGACUGUUUUAGCGGACGUGAAAAAGUACCAGGAUUACAAUCAUGCUUUGCUGCCCGAGAAAUGGCGCCGCUGCACAUCGCCUCUUGAAGGAUGCACAGGACCGAGGUUUACUAUAGGUAUUGAUUACUGAUGUCAAUAUUCACUCAGCAAGGCAGACAUUGCAUUAAAUGAAGAUCUUUAUUAGAGAUUUGAUGGUUUUAUAUAACCUUCAUCAAAGAUUAAAUACCCAAAUUGACUUUCGGUCGCGUAAUCCUUGUUAAACACCAACACUUUAUAAAAUCGCGAAAUAUGUCUUUGUCAUCGUGUCCGCAGUUAUGGCUUUUACGCCUGGAAGGUAAUUAAUUAAUUUAAAAGCUGAACAUCGAAAAUUCGUCUAGCCUUAUAGAUGUAAAGGCACCGCUACGUUUCAAGAUGGCGCAUGACCUUUGUCCACAAUAGCAACAGAAUUUAUAUUUGAACAAGCAACGCAGCUUAAUACUUAAACGUAAUGUUAAAAUUAUCUUGUCAACACUUCCUGGAAUUUCCAUUUACCAGUAAAUACCACUCACUAGUGAAAUGGAUGAUUAGAUCACGCACACCGUUAAGCUAAGUGCGCAUGCUCCUGUAUGAUUUCCAAGCUUCUCCCACAUGGUUUAACACUUUAGUUUAUCAAAAGCUACAAUGAUUGUUGUCGUUAUACUAUACUACAAUGAAAUUCAGUGAUAUUUUAUUCUCCGAAAAAAAUUAGUCCAAUAGGACAACACAGAUUUGCUUCACAGCGCGCACUCUAAGAUCAUUCAAAUAGUUUACCAACACUAAAUAUAAUCUUAUUUUCAUAUCAAAGAAAAGUCACGUGACGCCGAACAGCCAAUCAUUUCACUGAAUGGAUGAUGGUAUCAGAGGUCACGUGAGGUCAGUUAAUGACACAUGAAGUUGCUGCCACGUGAUCACAAAGUCACGUGACACGCUCUACAACCGGAUAUAGUAUGGUUCAUUGUUUAUAAACUAAUAAAACGUCAUGUAAACAGUU